UCACCCCCAUAAUGGCUUGAAUCCCACUGAAGCAAAAUUGGCCUCAACAAAUACACACACACACACACGUAUACGAAAAAAGGCUUGUUUAUAUUUUGAUCUCAUUUACAGCACGAUUAAACGUCUGUCCGCCUGACAAUUGGACACUAGCCUUUCUUGGAAUGGCACAAUUUCUGACCAUGCUUGCAGCUGAUAUGACAUAGUUACCUAACUCAUUCUUAUGUAAAAUCUUUCGAUAAACAACACUUUUUAAAUCCUUGAUUUCGAAUUGAUAAAAUCAAAAAUCAAAUCAUUAUAAUGGAUAAAUAAUUUACAAUGAUAUUCGUGUAAAUUAUUAAAAUUAGAAAUCUUCUGAAAGCAUGUUUCUUUUACGGAUUGCAGAAGCUCUUGUAACAAGUGAAGAAUCUCAUUUGACAUUGUCUAAUAAUUAUGGAAAAGAAAGCACUGAUUGUGAACACAGUACGCACAAGUUUGGAAAGAAACUGUCUUCAGAAAACACUAGGUUAUUAUCUUCACCUCAAACACCCGAUGCCACUCUCAUCAAUCAACCGGUGCUGGAAGGGAGUGAAAAGUUAUCCCGGAUUCAUUUAACUUCUUCAGUUGAUUCAUCUAUAUCUAGUCCAGCUUCUGUUUAUACACUAUCUGCUCAAUCAGUAAAUUCUUCUAGGAUUAGUCCUUAUCUACCUGCUUCUUUGAACCCGGUAAAAUGUAAUGAUGCUCAUACUUCAAAGCAGGUUCAUCAGGGAUUAUUAUAUAAUUUGCUCAUUUCCAAAGAAAAUUCUUCACAAAAUUCAACAUCAUCUAAAAAUUCACUUUCUACUUCUCCCGGUCAAUCAACGACAGAAAAUAAUGAAAGAUUGAGUGAUGUACGCAUAGACAGUCCUAUUUCAAACUCUCCAUUGUCAUCCUCCUGCUCCUCCUCCUUCAUCAAUCCUCAUCAUCAUCUGGAUACAAGUAAUUAUUCUACCUCAGUUAGGAAUUCAACAGUCUAUUCUAAUUUUCGUCAUCGAGCAAACUCUCUCGGGUGUAAACUUUCCAGUAGUCGUCCAUAUACUCGACCUCAUGCUUCAUCUGUUGGUUCUGCUUCCGAUUUUUAUCCCAGUCUUAAAGCUCGUUUACAACAUCGUCGUCACUUGGAAGGGUCGACAUCAGACUCACCAUUUUCAAAACCUAAAAGUACUCUAUAUCAUAGAAUGUUUUCAAAAUCCCAAGAGAGUGCAGUGAAUAAUUCAUAUAUUGAUAUUCAUUCGCAUAGUUUGAGUUCUAUUUCUUCAUCUGGUAUAUCUAGUCCCCAAUUACAUCAUCAAAGUUUAUCAGCGCAAUCUAGACUAAUGGGUCAUUCAUCCAAUGUGAAAAGUCAAAAAAGUUCAGGAUUCGGUUCAUUUGGUUUACAACAGUCUCCGCAAACUUCAUCCGUUUCAAAUGAUUCCGGUUCUGAUGAACCAAUUGAUCUCACCGGUUAUUCUGUACCUAUAUCACCAAUUAUUACUUCAUUUUCUUUACCUACAACAACAACAAAAACUACUACUACUACUACACCCGGUGUUAUUAAUAAACAAAACGGAAAUUGUCCUUAUGUACAGUUAGCCAAAAAAACUGCUCGUCCGGUGCAAGCACGAAUUACCGAGUGGCUACGACAAAUUACUGAGUUUGUAGCUCUUUCAACACCCCUUGUUUCUACUUUGAAACCGAAAUUAUGGACUCCUAAUGGACUAUCUAAACAAGUACACUGUUUGAAUAACGAGAAUGACAGUUUCCCUUGGUUAUCUUUACUUGCACAAUGUUGGCAAAAGCUAUUAGCUUUAAGUAUGGUUGAACAUUCUUUAGAUGUUGUUGUUGUUGAAGAUCAUUCACUUUAUGAAGAGGACAGAAAACACCAAGAACCUGUUCAAUUAGAAAUUCCUUGGUCUCUGCUUCCAGAUAUUCAAAAAGAGGGGCUAGCUAAGAACAAACGUCCAGAUCGGAAAUUUGCAAAUGAACUCCUUCAAUUUUUAUCAGAAAUACGUCAAGCCGGUCUAAGUUCUCAGGAAUUUUAUUUAUUACGACAUGUGAUUCUUUUAACAGUUGAUGAACCUGAUACUUUACCAACAUUGGGUUUGAAUGUUAUUCGAGCUUCACGAUGUAUGGAUAAUCCUAAAAUUGAUCAAUCAAAUACUGUUGCCAGCUUACUAAAAGAUGGAACUCAGGUGUCAAAUCUAUCUCAAGACAGUGUCCCACCAACUGUCACUUUUGAUUUGGCGUGUUUAGCCUGUGGAUUGAAAGCACUUCGAGCAAUGUGUCCAUAUCGAAUAGCAAGUUUAUUUUGUAGUCAUCUACGCAAUAGUUCAAUUUUGAAUCAAGCUUUCAUUCUUGAAAUGCAUAUGAAAUAUCUGUCAGCUCUUAAAGACCUGCAAACACUGUCGGCUUCAACACAAAUCAUCUCUAAUAUUCCUGUUCACAAUGGUAAUAAUAAUAAUAAUAAUAACAAUAAUAACAGUACAAAUAAUAACAAUAAUAGUAAUAAUAAACACUCUCCAUUUGAGAAGAUGUCUGUAAACAAGAAGAGUAUUUUAGAACAGCUGUUCGACAGUGUUUAA